UCUACCACAAGAAAGAAAAUUCGUGUUUUUCUUUCCCUUGCAUGGAAGAACUAUACGCAGAAGCACAGCAUGUGGCCUACAGAGUUUAUACCAUGAGCAGGAGCUAUGUCUACCUUGAGACAGAGGCUGGCAUCUUGCCCUGCAGCAAGAUUCACACAGUUCAGGCACAUUUUAUUCUGAAGGGGCCGAUCUUGUUGCUGCUGAGAGAGCUCAAUUUUUACUACCUGGUCAUGGCCCAGGGCAAAAUCAUCCAUACUGGAAGCCACACUCACCACAUGGAACCCAGCGAAUGUAAGUGUUUCUCAUCCAGAACCGUGUCUCCAUCUGAGUUCUCCAAUCCUCACCAGUGGGAUCUCAGCACUGAGUAUCUAAGGCUGCCAUGGGGCUUGUAUGUCUCCAUAAUUCUCUCCACAGUAGGAACUCAAGGUUCUGCCGUCUAAUGAAGGUUAUCAGUC